GUUUGCUGGAAUUAUGGCGGACGAAGGUGAGGUAUCGGUUUUGCCGGUGGAAAAGUCUAAUAGCAGUUCAAGUUCUGUCCCUGCCUCAGUAGAACAAAGUAAUGUAAAACCUGAAGCAGCAACUGCAAAUAAACGUGACAGCCUUCCAGCUGGUGUAGCUCCUAUCAAGGCAGAGUAAGUACUUUGAUUCAUAAAGCACAUGGUUGCCAUCAACUUGCGAUUUGCAGUUUGAAAGAAGAAUUGUUCGAUAUAUCAUCUGUUAAUCUUGAACUUAAUUUUAUUACUGUGUGCAAAUGAGAAAAAGCAGCACUAAAAUGAACAGGGUUUAUGAAGAAGUGAACAUGUAGGUUGUAUGUUGUCUGUUUUAUGCCCAAGGGGGAGGGGGGGGGGGUACUCCCUUAUAAGGGCUUAAUGGGGACGUGCGGCCUGCCAGGGUAUGUUUUUCGGGAUUUUUGUCUUAAACAGGGUAUCAAAUUUAUCAUUUUUUGUCUUAAUCAGGGUAUCGAUUUAUCAAUUUUUGUCUUAAACAGGAUAAAUGUCUUAAACAGGGUAUCAAAAAUCGGAAUUCUGUCUUAAACAGGGUAGGAAAAUCCAGCGAUAUUUGUCUUAAACAAGGUCAGGGUAUGAGGGGCUGCACCGCACCUCCCCAGCCAGGGAUAUAUCGAGUACCCCCGAACAAAAGCCUAAAUUAGCCUCAAUGUACUUCCUGACAUUCUCAGCAUGGUGUGGGGGAAUACACGGCAUGUCCACAGAUCUUGUCCCUAUAAUAAUAAUUAUGAUGAUAAUAAUAAUGAUUUGGAGGUAGCACAUCCACAAAGUGUUUAUUUGUCCACCUGAUUCCUGGACGAAUUGGAAUUUGGAAAUAUUGGUUUUUGAGGAGAGGGGAAAACUGGAGUACCCGGAGAAAAGGAGAGAACCAACAAUAAAGUCAGUUUAAAGAGCGGCCUCCUUGAUUAUUCAGCCAGUUCUAGUAAAGUUUAGGGACUCUUUACAUUCAACCAAACCCUGAACUUUGAAUUUUCGUCAACUUCCAGUAGCAAAUGGAACAGCAUUUUCCAAAAUUUCCAAUAAAGAGGACAAACUUGUGAGGUAUACCCUAAUUUUUAAAUUUUUUUUUCCUAGAAGUUUUCUUUCUAUUCAUUUAUGCUCUUGGAAUUUUUGGUUGAAUGGUUAACAUUUUGGAUACUCAACACUGUCUGGAAUUUCUUACCCUGCGAGCAGAGGCUUCAUUUUCGCUGUUUGAGCUGUCGUGCAAAAAGUAGCCUCUGGCAACAACCGUUCAAUUUUCUAUCGUGCUCGCGCGAAAUUCGUCACGCAAUUCGCAAGAAAAGUAAUAAUUAUUGUCAGGUCUGUCGUUCAAUGGCGCCAGUUUCAUAGGAAUAAAAAAAUUGCGACAACUCUGUCAGAUCUGCUACGCAAGGCUCACGCAAGACUCACGUAAUGCUCUAAACCGGUCAAGAAAAGGAAAAAUCGCUUUUUUAAUUUAUACAUCCAGAUUUCUGGACGGAUUUGAACUGUUGUCGGCGGAGGCUACUUUUCCCAUGCCAGCUCACCCACCGAAAAUGUAGCCUCUGCUUGCAGGGUAGGAAUUUCUGGAAACUUUUCUAGUAAAUUUCUAGACCAUUUGCUGCUCCUUCCAAAGUUUCGAAAGUUUUUUUCACAGCAAUGGACUGGGAUGGAGUAUAUUCUCUCCUGGUACACCAACUUGCAAAGCCUCGGGCCGAUUCUUCCAUAUCUUAUGCAUUUAGGCUCAUUUGGCUUUGUAUGUGGCCUGGGUGUUCCCGGUGAAAAUAUAUUAUGAUUUUAUAUCAUAUCCUUGGAAUAAAUUUUGUUGUACAUUGUUUCAAACUCAUUAUCAUGCAUUACCGUUGCUGGUUUGCUAGUGGACAAGAACAAAAGCAUCUCCCUUCUGCUUUUUCAUGCUUUUAACACUUAACUGUUUUGUCACCAACAUAGAAGAAUAGCCAAAAAGAAUACCCAAAAAAGGAAAAUAAAAUUUUAAACAAGGACAAAAUUUAACUGAAAAAAGUAUAUUCCAGUAGUAUACAUAAUUUAUAUUAUGUUUGUCAACUUUUUGAUAUGAGCAAGACUGUCAAAAAGUUUUUAAGUAGCAGGCUGAUACUGAAUGGUGGGCGGCCUUAGAACUCACACCAAAGGCACAAGUUCUUGAAAGUCGAGACAUCUAGGGACAUUUUGAAAUUUAGAGUCUAUUGUUUUAUUGUUUUUGUUUGCCAAAAAUUGUACAAAUCAAAUAAAAUCUAAUUACUUAAACUCUCAUGGCGAGGAAGCCCAAGAGAAGCCACCGGGCUUAUAAGGAAUGGGCUCCCUCAGUUAGAUAAUUAGAACAAAAUAUUAUCAUAAUGACACAUAGGAAAAUCAAUGGCAGAACUACAGUAAAUCUUAAAAUAAGUAUAUUAGAUAGUCGUACUUAUCAUAGUUCUAGGCUAAAAAAAGCGGAAUGACAAAAAGAAAAAAAAACAAAAAUAAAAUAAAAGAGCAAAGGAAGAAAAAAAAUACAUAUAUAUACAUAUAAAUUACUAUUUAUGAUAAGAGGAAUGCUUUCAGCUUACAGCAAAAGGAAGCGGUACUUGUUGCAUUUCGAAUUUCAAAACUAAGAGAGUCUCUCGCGGAAAUGGUAUUUGUAGGGGUUUUCAAGAGGUAUUUUCCACCAUGGAUGCCAUGUUGUUUCAUCAGAAUACAUGCAAGACUGCGAACAAUACUGUCAAAAUUUCCAUGACAUCACACAGUUCAAAGUUCAGCAGAUCUAAACCCAUUAUUUUAAAUAUGCAUUCAAUAUCACUCAAAACUUGGAAACGGAUGCUUUACAAUUUAAUUCAAUUUUUUGUUAACAGUUGUGGUAGAAGGAGGUAAAAGUAGUUGGCUAAGGAUGGCUAACUAGCUGGCAGUUUUGGCCAGCUACCAGCCCUUAUGAAGUCUAUGUAGUCUUGAUACAUCUCCAGAAAGCCCAUAACAGCUUCACCUUAUAGUGAUUUCCUGCCCCAAAAGGAGUUCACCCCUUCCCUAGGUUUUGAGUCUGUCUUGCAAGUUCAACCGAGGGCAUAAAUAAUGCACAUUAAAUUAUUGCUUUAACUCAUUGGUAACUUAUACCUAAGGACAAUAGUUCACUCACUCCCCCCCCCCCCCAAACAUGCUCUAUCAGUGCUCCAUUUUACGGGUACUUAAAGCAACAUGGAAAGAAAAGAAGUUGAAAGAAGAAUUUAUUUGGGGUUACACCUGGGAAUUAAACUUGGAACUUCCUGCACCAAAGAGUGCCCAAUGAUCAACUAUGCUUAUCCUUGCUCAUUCUUAGAAUCUACAUGUACUAUACUACAUGUUUAACUUAUUUUAUAAAUGUUCCUUUUCCAUCAAGAAACAAAAUAUUCAUUUCUUUAUACCCAUGUCUUGUAAUCCUAAAACAGGUUUUUAAAGAAGUUUUCAAAAUGUGAAGCAAGAGUAGUAAUAACAGCGACAGUUAAUUCUGAUAAGCAUGAAGACAGUGAAGAUGCUGAAGAUAAAGAAGUUGAAUCAAACAGUCAUAAAGAAGAAAUUGAAGGCGAAAAGACCGGAGAACCACCAGCAAAAAAGAAGAAGAAAAGGGGAAUGAAUAAAAACAGGCCAAGAGCAGUACAACUUGAUUUCAAAGUUCAGUUAUGCAACAGUAUUGCAAGGGGUGAGGAAUGUGCAUAUGGUGAUAAAUGCAGAUAUCUGCAUGACGUUACAGAGUACAUGGAAAAAUACAAAGCUUCUGAUAUAGGAGAGAACUGUGUAAACUUUGAGAAGUUUGGUUAUUGCAUAUAUGGUGUAACAUGUCGGUAUGGAAAGAGACACAUUUCCAUGGAUUUAAAAAAUAUUGUGAAUGCAGAGUUAUAUGAAGAGACUGUUUCUUUGAGGACAAAGAGUGCUCUAAGCAAAGAGCUGACAAAUGUUUUGAGGAAAAGGAAGUAUGAAUUUCCUCAAGCUGAGACAUAUUUGAAGCAUCUAGCAAAAGUGAAGGCUGAAGGAAAGCCAAACAGUGAACUUGGAAACUUGGCAAGAAUUCCUGCCAAACUUGAGGGGCCUGCUUCUGAUGAGGAUGUUAUUAAGCUUAGACCCGAGGAAAAGAAAAAGGUGAAAUGGAGUGAAUUUUAAGUUUAAUUAGGUGAAGAGAUGGCACAGUCUCUGCAUGUUAUAACAUGGCUGUUACUAAAGCAGGGGUGAAUCCAGGACUGGUGAUAUAAACAUAUUUUAAAGGGGAAUACAAAGAAGAAGGCUUUUGACUAAGCAAUAACAUAAUGUGAACUGCUGAGAAUACAUAUCAUACAUAUCUGCAUAUUUUGCAGAACACCAGUUGUAUUAGAAAGCCACAAGUCAUCUCGGGGGUGGGGGGUGGGGGGGCACACCCCCUGCACCCUCCCCCUAGUUCCAUCCCUGUAAAGGUGGUCUUCUUUAGCAAGAGCAAGGGAGUCAGAGUCGCAGUUGUAAGGGGAGUCCAGUGAAAACGGCAUUGUUGAAGUUGGAAUCAGAAGCAGAAGAAUAAUUAACCAAUCACUGUCACUGCUCAUUCCCAUGCUUUUGUGAUUGGUUUAGUCCUUCCACUUCACUUCUGCUUACAACUCUGGCUAGUUAAGUUUUCACUAAAUUGUAGCCAACAGAGACAUAGGCAGAAUGGAAAUGCUGUUUUUUACUAAAUUAUAACACUUUAUAAUAAUUAUAAAGUGUUAUAAUUUAGUAAAAAACAGCAGGCUUCCACAUGAUUGUGACUCCAACUUGUGUCACUAGUUAAGACCAUCCUUAAUAAAACAGGCUUAACACAGACGCUGAGUCUAAAGAACAUUUUCUUAACUACACUUCAAAUAAUAUUAAAAAUACGUGUAUGUGUUGUAGAGAAAAUCUAUUCCAAGUAGUGUGCUGUGAUCUUCUGCAGUUCAUGUAUUUUGAUGUUUUCUGGGAUCUGGGAUCUAUUUCUCCAAGUUUUUCUUUAUUAGUCCCUUGAGGACUCCUAUCACUACUGGAAUCGUUGUGUCUUUCAUGCCCCACCUUGGUUCAAUCUUGAUUUCAAUUGACAGUCUUUAAGUUACUUUAACUGUUGUUGUUAUUAUUAUUAUUUAUUGUUAUUGCCAUCAUCACCAGUAUUAAUGUUAUUACUGAUGUUAUUAAAACAUAACUAACAGCUUAUUUCAUCUUUCUUUUACUUUUAAGAUUAAUUUUGCAGACAAGCUGUAUUUGGCUCCACUUACCACUGUAAGUCUAAAACAAAAAUUGACCCUUUCAACAGAAGUUGAUAGAGUGUUUGUAAUAUUUUUUAGAUGUUUAAUUAUGUCUUGUUUACCAGAAUGCAUAUAUAUUUUUAAUAUUUAGGUGGGAAAUCUACCUUUUCGCAGAAUAUGCAAACAAUUUGGGGCAGACAUAACAUGUAGUGAAAUGGCCAUGUCCACAAAACUGCUUCAGGUAAGUAAAAGAGAAUAAAAAUUUAAAUAUUUUCAUUAUAAUAGUCUUGAUCAUGUAUGUAAUGUAUUAUGUUAUGUUAAACACUUUAAGUCUGGUCCUGAGAGAAACUGUUAAUUUUGUUUCCUGAGAAUCUCAAUGUUCGCCAAGGGAAACAUUGAGAUUUAAGGGGAACAAAAUAUGAACUGUUUCCCGAGGGACCAGUCUUGAAGUGAUUUGUAAUAUAUAGCUGGAAAUUUUGAAGCUGGAAAUUCAUUAAACCAGGCAACAGGGCACUGUUAGCCUCUGAUGUCAUAGAUUUUGCAAUGCUGCUCACUCACAGAUUUUGGCGGGAAACAGUUUCAUUGUUAGAAUAAGAUGUUAUGUGACUUCAAAUAACCAAUGAAAGGGGGAAAAAAUUUCCUGCAAAAUAAUAUGUACAAUGUAUUAUGUAUUUUUUGAUCACACAAUCUCCACUAUCAAAUUGCCAAUGAAGACCAAAAAAUUUGGAAAAUAUUAAAUUAGAAUUAGAUUUCAAGAACUCAAAUUGCUCUGAUUCAGGAAUUUUGUUCAACAUAAUAUAGUCUGGUAUGUUUGGCUUUGUAGUAGCAUUUUGCAAUGACAUAUGAAGGGAAUGUUCUUCUCAAAACUUUCCACCUGAAUUUUUUUAAAAGCACUUUUCAGCACUUCUUUGCAUAGCAUUUUUUGUUCUUGGUUCUGUCUAUGGUGACAGCCAUGUUAUUUGACAUAUUGUGAAAGGUAUAACAGACCACUGUCUUAGUCUUUCAUUCUAUAAAACUGGUCUUAAUGCUUUAUAAAUUAUCUAACUUAAAACUCAUGCAUCCAAUAGAAAUGAUCAUCACAAAUAAAACAUCUAGAUUUAUCAUAAAAUUCCCAUCACAAUUGCCAAACAAAAUUUGUGGGGAAUGGUGAAAAAUGUAGAAGUAAGUAAGUAAAUAAAUAUAUAACAUAUGUUACAGGUCAAAAUUAGAUUCAGGUUAAAAAUUUGUAACCUAGGUUGAUCUUCAAUUUCCUUUGUCUUCUAGCUAGCCCAAAUUCAUGAAUAAUUUGGUCUAGGAGACAAAGGAAAUAAAGAAUCAACCUAGGUUGAAAAUUUUUAACGUAAUUAAAUAAAAAUAAACCUGUAAAAUAUACUUGUCAAUGUCGAUCAACAUCUUGAUGAUGUGUUGUUAGUAACACACUAUGUUUGUACAUGUACAUUUAGGCUAGCAUGUCAGAGUGGGCACUUCUCAAACGACACAGCUCGGAGGAUAUUUUUGGUGCUCAGGUAAAAAUCAUUAUCCAGUAAAAGCCUCUCUACUCUUUUGUUUCCUUUCCUGUCUGGCUGUUUUUAAAUGUCCCCAGUUAUUAACAACAGCAGCAGCAAUAAGUGUCAAUAGUUUAAUAGUUUAUUAAUCCAUAAUAGUAAUCCAGAUUAAUUUAAACAAUGUUGCAUCCUUUUUAACAUUUUUCAAGGGCUAUAGAUAGAAUUAGUUGUCUGUAAUAAAACCAAAGACUAUUUCUCAUGGGAGCCCAAGAAAAUAAAUGUUCAAUUUCACAAGAAGAGUGAAAACACAGCUAAAAUAUCAUGGGAAAAAAAGCUCCACAAAAAAACUAGCCUGCGUAGCAGGCGUCGAAAGAGGUAGGAGAUAGGGAGAAAGGGAAAAAGGGAGGGGAAUUGGGGAGAGAGGGGAAGGGACGCCUGCUAUAAGAACCCUCUUUUGUUCAUUUCUGCGGAUGCCAGCGUCCGCAAAUUCCUGAUUGGCUGAGCCGUAAUGAGUAACUUAUUGGCGUGUAUCCUGGCGUGUAUUGGUGUGAGCGACAGACAUAACAACGGCAUCAAGAAAAUGUGUUCUACUGGCAUAAGCCUUGGAAGAUCAAAAUUACUCCAAUCAUGUAGCAACUUCACGUUAAAACCCGAACUAAAACCAACUGUAGCAGCUUGUUUAGCAGGAAAAGAUGCUCAGGAGGUUUUGUAUACUGGAUUUGUCCAAACACCGAGCGGCAAUUUAAAGCAAUUGCGAUUCUUGCCAGACAUCUGCAAUGCUGAUAUUCAAAAGACCUCCUUUUCUGCAAAAACAUAUACCGUCUUGAAUGGAGUUUUAGAUGGUUUGCAAAGAGAGAGCUGAAGCUUUGGUAAAACUAUGCGUUGAGCGUCUUAAAAAUUGUUUAUAAUUCUGCGUUGCUUUCAUUAUUCGCGUCUGUUCUGUUCUUUGUGACCACCAUGGUGCUUGAUGAGGUUGUAAGAUAAAAGGUCUUGUGUAUUCACACGAAACUGAUCAUUGUUUGUCGUAGACUGGGAGCAGUAAGAAAAUGAGAGACUGUUCGUAGUCUGUUUGUCGUGUUUGCUGCGGGAACAAGAACAGUAAAAAUGUUUCAUUUCACUCGAUUAUGAUAUCACUUGAAAAAAGCGUCUCAACUUGACAAUUUCCGGUAAACAAAGUAAUUAAGUUCGGACCAUGCUGAGAAGCCCCAUACUUGUGAUUGGUCACGUAUUGACAGUGAUCUGAUCGGAUUAGUUCAGAAAAUGGUGGGCGGAUUACAAAAGCACCGGCUCUUAUAGCAGGCACUCCCUUCCCUUUCCCCUCUUGUGCUUUUCUCCCUCCCCCCUCCCCUUUUUGCACCUGCCACGCAGGCUACAAAAAACUCUUUGCUUGGACAAGUGGCUAUAUGUUACAGGUCAUAAUAAUUAAAGUUAGGUUGGAAUUUUUUAGCCUUACUGUGGUUGAUUCUCGCUUUCCUUUUUCUUCUAGCCCUAAUUAUUCUGAAUUUAAAGGCAAGGAGAGAAAAAAAAUAAUCUAAAAAAUUAUCCAAAUCAUACUGAAGUAGAAUCCAACAGAAUAUCACAUUAGUAAAUGACUGUAAUCUCUUGGGCAAACAGCGGCAGUUGUAAAGCUGAGCUUCUGAAAAAUAUGAACAAUGCUUUUUUUCUGCUUCUUUCCUUUUCCAGCUGUGUGGUUCAUAUCCUGAUAGUAUGGCAAGAUGUGCAGAACUUCUUCAGAAUGAAGUACCUAUAGACUUUGUGGACAUCAAUAUUGGAUGCCCAAUUGAUUUAGUCUUUAAACAGGUUUGUAAGAAGUUUCUCUCUCCAAAAAGGAAAUGGGUGGGCCAGCGGAAAUUUUUUGCAUUGAGCCUUUAAAUUAUUGUGUAUGAAUACUAGUUUUGAAACCAAUUUCAAGUGCGUGCUUUAAAAAAUCACUUUUGAUGUUAACCUUAGUUCAGUUAGAGUUAAUUAUCUUUCUAUCAUGCAUUAACCCAAGCCAGAGGACUUCAUGGAAACGAUCGUUUCCAGCAGUACCAUGUCAUUAGCGUUGUCUCAAAAUAGAUAGAUCUUAAAAACUUGCAGCCAAAGGGCUGAAUUGCGAUAAAGUUUGCAAAUUAAUGUUAUAAUUCACUCGUAAUUAUUGAAAGAUGGUCAUAAUUAUUUUUAUUUCAAAACUGUUGUAGAAUUACAAAUUCAAAAGCAUCCGGAACUGAAAAACAGUUUCCCAGUAACAUUUAGGGAUCAUUCAGUUUACAGAAUUUCACUAUUUCGACUUAGAUUCUUGACUGAGAAAUUCUUUAGUUACAUAACUGAGCUUAUGUACAAUUUAAAUGUUGUUUAGUAUGUAUCAGUUUUCUUUUGUCUGUCAUCUUGAAUCAUUCCCAAAUUGCGUUGCACAUUACUGCUUUAUGGCUUCCAGUGCGUAGAAAAAAUUAUAUGACUUUGAAAAAAUUGAAAAUGUUUAGGAAGUCGAUUCCCAUGAAUUUUCAUGAAAUCAAAAAAUUAUUCAUGAUUGUCACAGAUGGUUUCCCAUGACCUCUGCGCAAGGGACCAAAAAAUUGUUUUCCAUGACAUUUGAAAUCUUAGGGCUUGCUAACAAUGAAAACCAACAACAGCUCCAACUUGAUUUUUCACAUUUCAGGGAGCUGGCAGUGCCCUGAUGGGUCGAAUGACAAAGUUUGAACAGAUUGUCAGAGGCAUGAAUUAUGUAAGUAAAAACUUAGUUCCUUUCGUACAUGUAAGCUGUGUGGAUGUACAUUUGGUUGUGAAACAUAAUAUGCCAUUUUAAUGUUUGAUUGAAUGUGCAUGUUCGUGCAAGGAGGUCAAAGGCCCGUAUUUUGGCUCUUAGUUUUUCACUUUUGGUCCAGCAGAAACCAUAUUUGGUACAACAAUAAUAUAUUUUCUUCUAACUUGUUCUAUGAAUCCUCUUCUAAUUCAUGUUAUAAUGAAGUUGUUGUUGUUGCUGUCGUUGAUUCUGAAAGCAUAAUCUGAUCAUGUUUUUGCUGACUGGACAGCAGUUAUUAACCUUAUUUUGAUGUGGCAUUUUUUAUGUUAAAGGUUCUGGAUAUUCCCCUAACAGUGAAGAUGAGAACAGGAAUCAGUGACAAAAAGACAUCAUGGAAUGCACACAAGCUAAUUAGCAAUCUCAAAAUGUGGGAUGUUUCACUUGUAACUGUAAGUGUAUUGGAUAUCAUGAAAUUUACAGCUGUAGUUUGGUAAAUUCACCAUUUUUGCAUAGAUCAUUAAGGCACAUUGUUUACUCCCUCCAUAACCAGUGCCUUCAAUUUCUCUUGGGACGACUGUAAUACCCUGCAGGAGAAAUUGGAAACAAUGGCUAUCGUAAACAAGGUGCAUUAUGGACUAUUGAAAAUAAUGAAUUAUUUUGAGACAGCUGGGAGUGUUUUAAGCAGUCAACUUAUCCUGUUUCUAUUUCAUUGUGUUUAUUGCUGGCACUCUAGCUCCAUGGUCGCUCCAGGGAACAACGAUACUCAAGACUGGCUGACUGGGAGUAUAUCAAUGAGUGUGCAAAAGCUGCAGCCCCAAUGCCGUUAUUUGGUAAAUAAUCCAUUUUACUUUUCGUAUUUAUUUGAUUAAGCCCUCAACCUCAAAUAAGUACCCACCACGAAUAACCACCUACCCUGUAGAUAGGGAAAGUUAAUGCCUAGCCUCGAAUAAACCACCCACUCCUCCCCCCUAAAAGAAUUUACAUUACUAGCAAUGAGAUUAAAAUUGACUAUAAAUAAAGCACUACUGUAGAUGUGUAAGAGACUUCCCCAUAGGACUGAGUUUUCUUAGAAUGUUAAAGAAACUUUCAAAGAACACUCCCAAUUCUGCUUUCAAAUGGUACAUUUUCAUGUUUUGUUGUUAUUUAUUGUUUUGUUACCAAAUUAUCUUACUACUUGGUGAAAAAUGGGUGACUACCCCCGCUUAUCUCCAGGUCUGGAUCCAGCACUGUGGUGCACACCUAUUUUCCACUGUAUGAUUGCUCUCUCCUUUUGCAAUCGGUGCAUGGACAAUUUCUGAGGACUAUGUGGCUGUAUUUUUUACCAUCUCAACCUCGCAGAAUAUAUAAACUGGAGAAUCAGAAGGCUGAGAAGGGGUUGCCAGGAAAACAUAAGCGUACUUAAUCUCACUGCGUUUGUUGUGUCUAAAAACUUCCCCACAAUGAAAUCAGUAAGGGGUUGAUUUCAUAUCCAACAACAACAACACCAGCGUAACUGGCGCUUGGCUUGGCCUGAUGUGGGUUAUUGACCAACGGCUGACACAUUUCUUGUUUCCUGGGACAGUUUUAGACUUUGCAGUUUCCUGCGGUUUCUGGGGUGGAAAUGAAAAUUUAUGGGAGAUCGUUGCAAGCUCUCCCCUUCUUUCCGACCACUCACGCUCACGCCCCUUUUCGUGUGCUGCUCUCAUGUUUAUAGUGGCUCAUGAGCAUCCUCUUGAGCUAGUGCAUGCUAGCUACAUGGCAAGCUUAAAAACUGACUUUCUCUGCACCCUGAUAAGCGGUGACUAUUCUAUUUCAGGUGGUGAGCGAAAGUUAAGUUCUUUCAAGGUAGAGGCAUUAAUAAAUUAUUUAUGUUGUAACUUUUGACAGGCAAUGGAGACAUCCUCGCCUAUGAAGAUGCCAUAUUGAGAAAAGAGCAAACAGGAGUUUCCGGUUUGAUGGUGGCAAGGUGCGUACUCUCAGUGUUUUUCUUAACCCCUUAAGUGAUCAGCAUCAAAUUUCUCCUUGUAAUGCUUUGUAAAACACAGUGGUCAUGAGAAUUACGGCCGUUAUGAAAUCACACAAGAUGAAUUUGCUUGAUAUUUUUAAUCAACUUCUCCCCACUACUUCUGUAGGAAAUGAAUACGAACAACAAAUGAGAAUUCAAAUUUUGAUCUUAGGGUUAAAAGAGUCAAAAGCUUGCAGUUGAAAAAAAAAAAAAAAACUCUAUAUCAUUAAUUUUCUUGUUAUAGGCGGCAGGUCCUAAGCAUACCUGUACUAUCUUAAAGACUAGCUAACUCUCCAUGGUGCUAUGAGUUGAAACCACCAGCCAGCAAUGCAAUGUAAAUGGCAUGGGUGUUGGCAAUGACUUGAGCUGCUUCAAACUUAACGUGUCCCACAUGUGUUUAUUUACCAAGAAUAAAGCAAAAGGGUUGAAUAUAAUAUGUGAUUAUUUUUGUUUCUACAGGGGAGGUCUGAUCAAACCCUGGAUAUUUACAGAAAUCAAGGAAAACAGGUGUGAAUUUCUCGCCUUUUUGUUGAAAGGCUCUUCUCAACUCGCAGGUGCUAUCAGCUGCGGCCAAUUUGUUUCUUUUCAGUUGCCUGGACUGGAGUUACAUUUUAUAGAGAAGAGAAGUCUGACAUCACAAAAAUUGAAUUUGUGAAAUUAUAGGAUUAUAGUUGGCUUAUUCACAUCCUCGGAGACUAAGCCUGUUAAUGCAAAUUGUUGGGGAUAUCAAUGUUAGCAUAGUUAUGGCCUGAUGAUGAUCGAUCCCAAACAAAUCUUUCUAAGAUUGGCUUGGAUUGUAACGUUAACGAUCCAGGCCUAUUUUAGAAGGAUUUAUAUGGAGUUAGACUGUUCACAGUCCUCUAUUUUUCUGUCAGAUUGUCAAGAUCGAGCGCUUUGCGUUACGCGUUACGGGUUACAUUAUGAGUGUCAAAAUUACUUAGGGGGCGGGGGCGGUUUGGGAGGAAGCCCCCCCUCCCCCCAGAGCUACAAUCCCCGACACCCGCCCCCUCGUUUCAUUUGAAAAUCAAGAUGGGCAUCGUUAAUAGUAAGACGCGCUAUAUCUCAACGAUCUCACGAAAAAAUAGGGGACUGUGAACAGCCUGAUAUGGAGUCAUCAGAUGGGCAUAAUGGUGCUUAUACAUCUCCCCACCAAUUUGAUUUUUAGCAAGUCAGACAUAUUUCAUAUUGUCCUUUCUGGAUAUGCCAAUCUAUCCCAUAAUUUCACAAAUUUAGAUUGUAUGAUGUCAUGUCACUUCUCUUCUUCAGCAUGUUUGAAUGGAAUUUCUUGAACUACGUUGUAGGCACUGGGAUAUCUCAUCAAAUGAACGCCUAGACAUGUUGCGAGAUUUUGUGAAUUUUGGUUUGGAGCACUGGGGAUCUGACUCACAGGUAUGUCAAAUACUGUUUAUAGAUAAAUGACAGCCAGGGUGUUAAGAUAGGAGCAUGUUAUCCAACUCAGGUUACAAUGUGUACCCCGAUUAGUCAAUCAAUAAAAAUUGGCAAUCAAUAAAAGCAAUCGAUCAAUAAAAGGAAUCAAGUGAUCACUUUCUUAUGAAAUGAAUUCUUUUGAUAAUUGAAAAUAAAAAAUUAAAUUACUCAAAGUUCGAAUCUUCACAGUUAAUUUUGACCUUAAUAAUUUAAUUUAUUGUCUGUUUUCAGGGAGUUGAAAAUACUAGAAAAUUUCUUUUGGAGUGGUUGUCAUUUCAGUGUCGGUAAGUUACUGAUUUUUUAGGCUUUGUUUUAAACUUUGAGUUAAAAAAUUGCAAAACGAUCCAAACGUGUUCAACACUAGCUCAUCAUCAGGGUCUAGGCUUUGUUUGCAAGUAAUUUUGAAAGAAACAACAAUCCCCCUUUUAUUUGUUAUCUAGUAGUGUAUUUUCAAUGUUUGUAUAACAACUUAAUGAAGGCCUGAUGAAAUAUUAAAUUUGGUAUUAAAGACAUUAUGCCCACCCAGGGGGGCUAGUAGUUAUAUAGGGAUGAAGAUAAGCCCCGUUAGUGUCUAGCACGGUCUAGCUAGGUCUAGUCAAUGACGUCACCCAUUCUUAUAACCUACAUACUAAUUUGGAUUAGGUUUACUAAUGAGCGUCGCUCUACUACAAUAGGAACAAUAGGCUUGUCUAGACUUGCCCGGGCUCUUUUAACCCUGAUUGGAUAGUAAACAAUCUAUUAUGUGUUUAACAUAAAAGCGCUCUCCGUUCAGCAUUUUAUUCUUGCAAUCGCUUUGCCAAGGAAAAAAGUCUUACUAUCACCAAUAUUCUUUAAACGUUGCUCCAAACAUGCAAGUCGAAUCGAACUGUAAACUCUUUAUUUCAAGUUUGUCUGACUAUUACAGAACCGUUUUCUCCUUUCUAUCUCGAGGAAAUGAAAGUCUUGUCAUUUUCACGCACGGUUAAUCAGUUAAUUAUGCGAGUUCGCAAGCCGAAAGUUGAAUACAAAUUAGCUCUACAGCUAGACCCAAGGAGCACCUUGAAAAUAGUCAAAGAAAUCAAGCUCUUUUUUUUAAAAUCGUUUCCCUCCUCAAUUUUUUAAUUCCCUCCUCCACAAUUGUAAUAUUUUCCCUCUAUUUUUUUUAUUCCCUCCACCACAAUUUUAAUAUUUUCCCUCAAUUUCAUUAUUUCCCUCCUCAAUUUUUUUUCUUUUCCCUUCUCCACAAUUUUAUUAUUUUCCCUCCUCAAUGUUUUUAUUCCCUCCUCCACAAUUUUUAUCAUUUUCCCUCCUCAAUGUUUUUUAUUCCCCUCCUUCACCUCCACCUCCUCAUUCAUUCUAUAUAUUUUUCCAUCCACAAAUACAUCGACCCCACAUCGACCCUACAUCGAUCCCACAUCGACCCUACAUCGACCCCACAUCGACCCUACAUCGACCCUACACUCAACUUUUUUUUUAAAACUGCUUCGUAAAUAGUGAAGCUAUAUACCACCACCGCCACCACCACCACCACCACAUUUCUAUUGUUUUCCCUCCACCACCACCACCACCACCACCACCACAUUUCUAUUGUUUUCCCUCCACCACCACCACCACCACCACCACAUUUCUAUUGUUUUCCCUCCACCACCACCACCACCACCACCACAUUUCUAUUGUUUUCCCUCCACCACCACCACCACCACCACCACCACAUUUUUAUUCUUUUCCCUCCACCACCACCACCACCACCUUUCUAUUGUUUUCCCUCCACCACCACCACCACCACCACCUUUCUAUUGUUUUCUUUCCUCCUCCUCCUCCUCCUCCUCCUCCUCCUCCUCAUUUCUAUUGUUUUUCUUCCUCCUCCUCCUCCUCAUUCUAUUGUUUUUCCUCCUCCUCCUCCUCCUCCUCCUCCUCCUCCUCAUUUUUGUUCCCUCCUCCUCCUCAUUUUUAUUGUUUUCCCUCCUCCUCCUCAUUUUUGUUUUCCCUCCUCCUCCUCCUCCUCAUUUUUAUUGUUUUCCCUCCUCCUCCUCCUCAUUUUUAUUGUUUUCCCUCCUCCUCCUCCUCAUUUUUGUUUUCCCUCCUCCUCCUCAUUUUGGUUUUGGUACAGGAGGGGUACAGGAGGGGUACAGGAGGGGUACAGGAGAAAUGAGGAGGAGGAGGAGGAGGAGGAGGAAAGAAAGCAAUAGAAAUGUGGUGGUGGUGGUGGUGGUGGAGGGAAAACAAUAGAAAUGUGGUGGUGGUAGUGGUGGAGGGAAAACAAUAGAAAUGUGGUGGUGGUGGUGGUGGUGGAGGGAAAACAAUAGAAAUGUGGUGGUGGUGGUGGUGGUGGUGGAGGGAAAACAAUAGAAAUGUGGUGGUGGUGGUGGUGGUGGUGGUAGAGGGAAAACAAUAGAAAUGUGGUGGUGGUGGUGGUGGCGGUGGUGGUAUAUAGCUUCACUAUUUACGAAGCAGUUUUAAAAAAAAAGUUGAGUGUAGGGUCGAUGUAGGGUCGAUGUGGGGUCGAUGUAGGGUCGAUGUGGGAUCGAUGUAGGGUCGAUGUGGGGUCGAUGUAUUUGUGGAUGGAAAAAUAUAUAGAAUGAAUGAGGAGGUGGAGGUGAAGGAGGGGAAUAAAAAACAUUGAGGAGGGAAAAUGAUAAAAAUUGUGGAGGAGGGAAUAAAAACAUUGAGGAGGGAAAAUAAUAAAAUUGUGGAGAAGGGAAAAAGAAAAAAUUGAGGAGGGAAAUAAUGAAAUUGAGGGAAAAUAUUAAAAUUGUGGUGGAGGGAAUAAAAAAAAUAGAGGGAAAAUAUUACAAUUGUGGAGGAGGGAAUUAAAAAAUUGAGGAGGGAAACGAUUUUAAAAAAAAGAGCUUGAUUUCUUUGACUAUUUUCAAGGUGCUCCCUUGGGUCUAGCUGUAGAGCUAAUUUGUAUUCAACUUUCGGCUUGCGAACUCGCAUAAUUAACUGAUUAACCGUGCGUGAAAAUGACAAGACUUUCAUUUCCUCAAGAUAGAAAGGAGAAAACGGUUCUGUAAUAGUCAGACAAACUUGAAAUAAAGAGUUUACAGUUCGAUUCGACUUGCAUGUUUGGAGCAACGUUUAAAGAAUAUUGGUGAUAGUAAGACUUUUUCCUUGGCAAAGCGAUUGCAAGAAUAAAAUGCUGAACGGAGAGCGCGCUUUUAUGUUAAACACAUAAUAGAUUGUUUACUAUCCAAUCAGGGUUAAAAGAGCCCGGGCAAGUCUAGACAAGCCUAUUGUUCCUAUUGUAGUAGAGCGACGCUCAUUAGUAAACCUAAUCCAAAUUAGUAUGUAGGUUAUAAGAAUGGGUGACGUCAUUGACUAGACCUAGCUAGACCGUGCUAGACACUAACGGGGCUUAUCUUCAUCCCUAUAUAACUACUGGGGCUACACAUAUAGUACUUUUUUGUAAUGAGCAAAAUAGGGACUUGCCGCUGGAUGGGGUUACAAUUUCAUGACUAGAUUGACUAUACCGGAAUAGGGUAAAACAUUUUGGGGAUUUUGAGGGUAAGAAAAUUCUGGUAAGUAGAAACUUAAAAAUGGAAAGAUUUUUGGACAGAAAAGUGAGUAAUUAGUAAGUAAUUAGUUGGGAUCACAAAAUUAGUGUAACAUUUGACCAAAAGUGACUAAGAUGGGGUCUAUAUUGGCCACAGACUAGACUAAAAUGGAGUAGCGGUUCUGAGAGGCCAGCAGCACAUAUCCAUCAAAAUUGACCCAAGUACCCCCCUUCUUGGUGUGUCCAGUGGGUUACAUUUUGUUUCACUACAGGAGCACAUGUCUGUUUGCAGGUACAUUCCGGUCGGACUUCUAGAGCGACUUCCUCAGCGAAUCAAUGAACGACCUCCACCUUAUUUUGGACGCAAUGAUCUGGAGACUUUGUUAUCAAGUGGCAACUGUGCUGAUUGGGUCAAAAUAAGGUAAUUAAUGCAGCUCUAAGAAGAAGAGCACAGGCUCAUUUCCCAAACAGUGCUUAUACAGUCGAACCUCCACAUGCUAUCACCUUUUGUAAGCGACUACUUGCCAUAAGUGACUGCAGAUUUAAAACACCCAAAUUUUCCCAGUCAAAGCCUUAAAGUUGGAACCCUUGUGGGGUUGGGGGGUACUCCGAAUUUCAAGUGACAGGGAUAAGGGAUAAGGGCUUGAUCUAUGAAGGGAUUUUUGGAGGUAUUCGAAAUAAUCUGAAGAUUGUUGGCUGCGUAAUUCUGCGAAUAAAGUAUAACCAAAUAAAGUAGAACGUGAUAAUUAUAUCAUUUAAUGCUUUCUGGAAAAUUUUAAGGCUCGAAAAUUUGGUAAGGGAGUUUUUGGGGUUAAGUUUUGGACCAGGGAUUUUUUUUGGGGUUUUGAUUUUUGCCCCCAUUUGUUUGAUCAUUCCCUUAACUUUAGAUCCGAAUUACCCCCGCCCCUUGGAAAAUGACCAUCUCUCGCAAUAUAAGGGGUGUAACGAUUCAUAUUCCUUGCAAUUCGAUUCGAUUUCGAUUAUUGCCUUUCGAAUUUGAUUAUGUGAAUGUUUCUUAAUUCUUGUAACAUAUUGCAUAAUGUACACAACAUGCAACCCUAAGCCCUUAAUUUGUCAAUCAAAUUUUCGUCAAUCAAAAACGCACUUUUUAAAGAGUUCUGGAUUCUGAUUUUACAAUAUAAUAACUCACUGAGGGCACCCUGGAAAAGGUAUGCGAAAGUCGAACCAAAAUCGAAACGUGGAAGCAAAGAAUCGUGAAUCGAACCGAACGGUAAUAAUUGCGAUUAAUCGAGAAUUUGAUUAAUCGUUACACCACUGUCUCGACCACGACCACCUUUUAGGAUGACUGUUUUAGAAAUUUCUAUUGUUUUUAACCUCUUCUAAGCGACCACAUACAAUGGUCUCAUCAUUGGGUUCGCUGUAUGUGCUACGCCACUUGGAGAAUGAGAAGAACGUUUAGAACCAACAUGGAUUUACAUAUAUUAUCUGUUUAUGCCACCUAAAAAUUGCAUGCAAUACAUUCUCACCCGGACUUCUCGUAAAAAAACCUCCUGCAGUUCAAUUCUCGUAAGUGACAAUUCCCUGUAAGUGAGCACUAACUCUGCGCAUUUUGGGUGGUCGCUUGUGGGAGGUUCAACUUUAAUAUUAUUGUUUUUUAUCUUAUAGUGAGAUGUUAUUGGGCCCUGUUCCUACUAGCUUUCACUUUCUUCCCAAGCACAAGGCCAAUUCAUACACUGAAACAGAGGGAUAGGAAGUAUUGCUCAAGCCCCUUACACAGAACUAUGUGGAGCUCAUCAUGCAUUAUAGUCCUUUGCAAACAAAAGGCCUACUCGUACACUGAAACAGAGGGGUAGCCAUUGUCACUCUAGUCUUCUCUGCAGAACUUGGAAGGUCUUGCUGUACAUUCCUCUCCACAAAAGAUUGCGAGACAUACCUAAGGAGGC